GCGUUUUACGCAAGAUCACUCGCACGCGAAGGGUCAUGGCCGACGACAACGCGGACGAUGACCUCCACAGCAUCGCCGUGCUCUUCACGUAUACGUUUGGCGUCGCGUCGCUGAGCAUGGGCCACGUCUUUGCGUCGACGGGACCGCUCAUGGGGUCCAUCCUGCUCUACCUCUUGUCCGCCAGCAACCUCCAUGCCAGCGCCUUGCUCGCCAAGUGCAUGUCCUUGGCGCCACCGUCUGUGCGCACCUACGGCGACUUGGGGCUGCACGCCUGCGGUCCGCUCGGACAGUACAUCAUCCUCAUUUCCGAGUCGCUCUCGUGUCUUCUGACCCCGAUUGCGUUCCUUGUACUGGGCGGCACGGAGCUGCUUCCAUCCAUCGCUCAGUACAUCCAUGCACCGUGGCUCGAGUUCUCGUCGACGGCGUGGAUCCUCUUGUUGGCGACCGCGAUGCUCCCAAUCGUCUUUCUCCCAAGCCUCAAAGAGACGUUCGCGCUCUGCGUGCUUGGCGGCCUCGCGACCUUCUUCGCCGAUAGCGCUGCGCUGUACGUCAACCUGACGCUGCAUCCGAUGGCGCCGCGUGCGACGGCCGUGACCUUCUCUGGCGUCCUCUCAGCGUACGGCACGAUCAUGUUUGCCUUUGGCACGGCGCUGCUCGUGCCGCCAUUGCACCGCCAGCGCAGGGACAAGGACGUGGGUCGCUUUGUGCUCGUUCUAAGUGCGACGCUGAUUGCGAUCACGUGUCUCUACAUUGGCAUUGGGUCGGCCACGUACUUUCAAUUGGGCUGCACGGCGCCUGCGACGCUCCUCGAGAGCAUGCCCCGGGGUCUCGCCAAGACGCUCGCGACCAGCGCGAUGCUGCUGCAUAUCAUGGUCGCGUACCCCGUCAUUUUGACGCCAACGCUGUUUGUGAUCGAGCGCAAGGUCUUUGGCAAGGACAGCGACGCAACGGGGGUUCUUCUCGCCUCGGAAGAUUCGAUUGCGCUCCUUGGGCAGAGCGCGCCAUUGUCGCCGGUGCGAAACGACGGCGACAUGACGUCGACGCACGUCUACAAGCCGGUGGACGAGGAGGCGACGAUGGCAAGCGAGCUCGUGGUCUUUACAAAGCGCGAAAUCGCCUGUCGCUUCGUGCUGCGAACGCUAAUUGUGGCCGGCCAGUGCUUUGUCGCCGUCAUGCUCCAGGGCUCGUUUGCCGACAUCCUGUCGCUCAUUGGCGCGACGACAGUGACGCUGCCGUGCAUGAUCAUGCCGUGCGUGUGCUACCUCCGCAUGGUGCCCCACGACGGCAGCUACCUGAGCGGGUGCACGCGCGCCUUCACACUUGUCGUCAUUCUCUCGAGCGCGCUCCUCAGCGUCUACGCAACGAUCCAUGCGAUCGGCAACAUUCACAACACGAUGGCAACGUUCCACCUCUUUGCGCCCGUCCACCACCGCGAGUUUGUCAACGGCGCCGAGAAAUUUCCCUUCUGCCAAGCCGGGGAGCGCAACUAAGAAUAAGAAAUGAGGUGUCGUCGGA